CGUUCAGUUGACAAUCGCCAGUCGAUAGCAAACCAUGAGAGAGUGCUCAUCGCGCAGCAAUACGCGUCUACUUAGUUCGGUAAUCGUAAUCGAUCAACGUCUCAGAAUCGACACUUGUCGAUAUUUAAUCGAGAUCCUAUCCCGCCGCAUCACAGGCGAUUAAAGAUAGUUGGUUAGACCUGUUCCCACAUCUAUGGAGUUUCAUCUAGACAGUGCAGAAUACUGCCAGGCACAGCACAAAUAAAAAAAAUCAAACUACUUCCGUUAAAAAAAAAAAAAAACAAUCAAAUCUUUUGUGAAAACCAAACAAAAACCACACCUCAAAUUUGUAAGAAAGUAACAGACUUAACAUAAGUGCACACGAGUCAGAUAAACUCCUUCAGAACUGCUUUUGUAAUUGUUUAUGAGCAUCACCAUG